GGAACGUGAGCGGUGUCAGACACGUGGUACAAGGAGGCAUUCAUCUUGGAACCAGGCAAUUGGCAUUUCUGCUCUGGGUAGUACAUCUUUAACAUAAUGUUAGGGAAGUAUCCGUUCUUGGCUGCCUUUCUUUAAUUGCGUUUCCAGUACUCUCUCGGUGAUUCUACUCUCGAACAUAGGAUGAAAUUUAGAAUCACACUUAUCUUCCACCUCCACCCCUCCCCUACCUCCUAUGCCCAUAUUAAAAAUGGCGGCCGCCGCCUUCCGCAGUGAUAGUUGUUCAGCGAACAAGAUCCGGGCGGAAACAGUAGGUAGGCCGGUGCAGCAGGGCAGAACCUAGGUUACCUUAGAGAGGUUCUCCGGUGUCCCGAGGGCGGCUCAAGUCAGAGUUGUUGGGUUUUGCUCAGAUUGGUGUGGGAAGAGCCUGCCUGUGGGGAGCGGCCACUCCAUACUGCUGACGCCUCAGGACUGCUGCUCAGCUUGCCCGUUACCUGAAGCGGCGGCGGAGCCGGGCCCCUGACCGGUCACCAUGUGGGCCUUCUCGGAAUUGCCCAUGCCGCUGCUGAUCAAUUUGAUCGUCUCGCUGCUGGGAUUUGUGGCCACAGUCACCCUCAUCCCGGCCUUCCGGGGCCACUUCAUUGCUGCGCGCCUCUGUGGUCAGGACCUCAACAAAACCAGCCGACAGCAGAUCCCAGAAUCCCAGGGAGUGAUCAGCGGUGCUGUUUUCCUUAUCAUCCUCUUCUGCUUCAUCCCUUUCCCCUUCCUGAACUGCUUUGUGAAGGAGCAGUGUAAGGCAUUCCCCCACCAUGAAUUUGUGGCCCUGAUAGGUGCCCUCCUUGCCAUCUGCUGCAUGAUCUUCCUGGGCUUUGCGGAUGAUGUACUGAAUCUGCGCUGGCGCCAUAAGCUGCUGCUACCCACAGCUGCCUCACUACCUCUCCUCAUGGUCUAUUUCACCAACUUUGGCAACACGACCAUUGUGGUGCCCAAGCCCUUCCGCCCGAUACUUGGCCUGCAUCUGGACUUGGGAAUCCUGUACUAUGUCUACAUGGGGCUGCUGGCAGUGUUCUGUACCAAUGCCAUCAAUAUCCUAGCAGGAAUUAACGGCCUAGAGGCUGGCCAGUCACUAGUCAUUUCUGCUUCCAUCAUUGUCUUCAACCUGGUAGAGUUGGAAGGUGAUUGUCGGGAUGAUCAUGUCUUUUCCCUCUACUUCAUGAUACCCUUUUUUUUCACCACUUUGGGAUUGCUCUACCACAACUGGUACCCAUCACGGGUGUUUGUGGGAGAUACCUUCUGUUACUUUGCUGGCAUGACCUUUGCCGUGGUGGGCAUCUUGGGACACUUCAGCAAGACCAUGCUACUAUUCUUCAUGCCCCAGGUGUUCAACUUCCUCUACUCACUGCCUCAGCUCCUGCAUAUCAUCCCCUGCCCUCGCCACCGCAUACCCAGACUCAAUAUCAAGACAGGCAAACUGGAGAUGAGCUAUUCCAAGUUCAAGACCAAGAGCCUCUCUUUCUUGGGCACCUUUAUUUUAAAGGUGGCAGAGAACCUCCGGCUGGUGGCAGUACACCAGAGUGAGACUGAGGAUGGUGAAUUCACUGAAUGUAACAACAUGACCCUCAUCAAUCUGCUACUUAAAAUCUUUGGGCCCAUACAUGAGAGAAACCUCACAUUGCUCCUGCUGCUGCUGCAGAUCGUGGGCAGUGCCAUCACCUUCUCCAUUCGAUAUCAGCUCGUUCGACUCUUCUAUGAUGUCUGAGUCCCUUGAUCAUUGUCCUUUACCUCACAGUCUCUAGGAUUCGUAACUCAGGCUGACCUCUGUCUGGUCCCAGACUGCCUCCUUGCCCAGGCCUCUCUCACUCUUCGUACUCCUCCAGAUUUUGUUCUCAGCAUUUUCCUUUCCCUGUGAUCAUUGGCAUCCUGGGCGUUUCUUGCCCUCUGCUGACUACUGAUUGGAUUUUACCAAUGGCUUUCUGCAACUUGCUACUCUCUCCCUCUCCAUCCUAUCUUUGCAGCCUCAUAGGGUGGGAUACAGCAGCUUUUUUUGCAGUUAUCCACACUCACGUUUCAGAGUCCUGACUCUCAAGGAACUACUGGUUUUUGGGAUAGAACUUGGGCCAAGGCUAGGGACACAGGCUCCACAGUGACAUGUCAUUUGAUUGUAAAUUAAGUGUUCUGAUUAGUAAGAACUAAGCAGGGGGCCACAUGCUCUCAAUGGAGACAAUAAAGCGUUGUCUUUUUCUUA